AUGUAUUUUUUUCAGACUGUGGAUGACCUGAUUGUGGCACUGAUGUCCAUGGGAUUUGAACUGGACGAUUGUCACGAUGCAAUACAGCAGGGCAAGGUCACUGUGGAAACAGCAGUAGAAUGGCUGAUAGCUGGAAAACCUGGAUUUGUCAAAGGGUCGAAUAUCUCUACACCUUCUCUUAAACUGAACCCAAACCGGAGUGUGACAGCUGAGCCAGUUCUAGCAGGUGCUUCACACAACCCAUUUGCUGCUCCAAUUCCAGUUCUUCCUGUCCCGUCCAGUGAUGCCGGGACUGGAGAACAGUCACAGAGCGAAAAGUCAGACGUUGUCAGCAGACUGCAUAUGAAUGACGGACAGAGAAAGUUCCGCAAAGAUUAUGAUGAAAAGUGCAGACAGGCAGCACAGAAAAGGGCCAGGGAGGAAAAGAUCAAUGCUAAAAAGGAACAUGAGAGGAUUCUCAAGGAUAUUGCCGAGGACCGGGACAAACAGAAGAUGAUGAGAGUGAAUCCACCACGUGGUGAAACUUCCUCCACAUCAUCAGCACCACAACAGUCACAGUUAGAUUCUUCCAGUCCACAGAAACCGGCAGGUGACAAGUGUCUGUUACAGAUUCGUCUUCCUGAUGGCCGAUGUCUGCGUGAAUCAUUUGCUCCGGACGCGACACUGAACUCCGUGUGGGACUUUGUGUAUGCCAAGUUUAAGGGCACCAGUCAGAUGUGUUUCAUGCAGCCAUUUCCCCGUCGAGAAUUCACCCGAGAUGAUUUCAGCUCAACCUUACAGCAGCUUGGUCUCUCCCCGUCUGGAUCUCUCGUUCUUAAGAAACCACAAGAAAACCAAGCCAUGGAGUCUGUGCAAAUGCAGGAUGAACAAGCAGAGAAUGACGAGAAUGAAGACACAGAAAGAAUGGACACAGACGGUUUUGAACAGAGAAUAAACCAGCGCUUUGGACCGCGUCAGCAGUGGGGACGUGGACACCGGCUAGAUGCUGCUGCUGUUGAAAACACAGAGGAGGACAUGGAGGGUGCAGAGGAUGAGGACUCUGAUGAAGAUGCCGGCCAGUUCGGAGGGAUGAACCGCGGCUUGAUGGAGGUGAUGGGCAACCAGUUCCCACCAAUGAGAGGCCUCAACGCAGGAAUGGCUUGGGGAGAGGACCCCAAUGGACAGGUGUUUCAGGGUGUGGGUCAGGUGUUGGUGCCAGAAGGUCAUCCCGGUGAUGAGCGACGUCAUCAGAAUAGGACUGCUGCCGAGAUGGCAGCCGAGGCCGCCCGUGGCCGGUUUGCUGUUCCUGAUGUAGCACAAGCCCCAGAGCCCGCUGCAGACGAGAGCUGUUCACACCUGAUGUACCACCCAACUAGUCUGCUACAGCUGUGUUUACACCACGUGUCAUGUCGUCUCAGCAACCCCCGGAACCCGUAUGUCUCGCUGGGUGGGAUUGCUGAGGACCUGGCACAGAAGCUUAUCAGUCAGCUGCUCAAAGACAGAGCGUUGAAACCAAAGAUUCUUCAGCUCUUUGUUCCUUGCUAUUUAACCAAACUGCUGUUGGAUUGUUAUCCUUAUGCUACCAAUGACCUUCUGAACACUGUUAAAUACCAUGUUCAUUUGAAAAACCUUAGUUUAAAUUCGUGUUCUCUUAUAACCGAUAAUGGGCUUAAAGCAAUAACAGGUUUGAAGAAAUUGAAAGUUCUGAAUUUGGGCUCCUGUAAACAGUUGACCAACAAAUGUCUGACUGUAAUUUCAGAAUUGCCAAACUUACAAGGUCUAAAUCUGGAGGACACAGGAGUAACUGACUCAGGCAUUAUAGACUUUUUGUCAACUUGUACCAAGCAUCUUCAGAACCUUAAUCUGAAUCGAACCCAGGUCACACACAGUAUAAUUCCACAUCUACACGUUUUACCCAGUUUGAAGUCCUUGUACCUGGAACAAACAAAAAUACACAGUUUAUCGGGGAUAGAGAAUCUGAAACAGCUGGAGGUACUGGACGUUGCUCAGACGACUAUCGUCACAGAGUCGCUGCUGUGUCUUCAGCAUCACCCGGCGCUCACCUGUCUUAGCAUCGCCAACAACGAGAACAUCGUGGGUGACCUGGCCCUGCAGUAUAUCUCAGGUUUGAAGUUACACACACUGUACUUGCCAAGUCGACAUUCAACAACAAGUCGCGGGCUCAGCCAUCUGGUGAACAUGAAGCUAACAGCAUUGGAUUUGACAAACUUUAUCCACAUCAAUGAUAAUGGUUUACAACACAUUGGAAAAAUAACCAGUCUUACUACACUUCUCUUGAGCAACACAAAGCUGACAGAUGAGGGAAUGUUCUAUUUGGAAGGCCUCACAAAUCUACAGGUUCUUUACUUAGAUAGGACGAUGGUUUCAGAUGUUGGUGUUCAAGUAUUCAAACAUUUCACGAAACUGGAGGAGUUGAGUUUGGCUUCUACAAGUGUAACGAGCCACUUCCUCAUGACUGGGAUACUGAACAGCUGUCAGAUGUUGUCCAAACUGAACCUCAGCAGAACAAACAUCUCAGAUAAAGGCAUCAUUAACCUGAAGCUUAAAAACCUGACCCUGCUGAACCUGGACUACACGCGGGUGCACCCUCACCUGAUAGAGAACCUCAACGAGAGGUGUCCCAUGAUCCGCACCGUCACCUAUGCAAAGCUGGCUCCACUCGCCGAGGAAGAUGAGGACUAGAGGCUUAAUCUACCGGUGGUGUGCAUUCCCCAAGAGACGAUCAAUUCCACAGUCUCAUAUGUUUACCGCCAUUCAUGUGAUUGGAGGCUUCAUUUACAAGUACGGGUUUAAGCUAGACCCCCAAAAAAUUAUUAGCAGAAUCAGAAAAUAUGUAGCCAUUUUCAAGUUUCAGUCAAUGAAAAAUUGGGGGAAAAAAUAUUUAAAUCGAAUUUUUUUGUUUUUCAAUUAAUAAAGAAAUGUAUUCACUAAAUUCAACUUUAAUUUUUGCAUUUGAUGAUUUUACAAAUGACAGCUUAAACUCUGCCAGUGAUGUGCAUUCUCCAAAAAGAAUGUUGCAUUUGACAGUCCGAUACGUUUACCGAUACUUUUACCGUCAAAUAUGUAGUUGAAAACCAAGAUGAGGUAUUAUUGUUAGGGUGGCAUGAAUACAAAUAACUUUGACUUGACAAUUGGGCAUUUGUGUUUAUACAUGUAUGUGUCGUCCACUCAGGGUUGUAUUGAGACAGUUUUCAGUGUCAUAAUGUUCGUGAUUUUCCUUUUGUACAUUAACCUGACGUCUGAACAUCCCAACCACCAGUUAAGUGGCUAAUAUACUACCGACACAAAAUAAGGGAACGGGUGAAAUGAUAGUGAAUGUUUUAUUUCGAUUAACUUCUGGAAAACCAAUUUGGGGCGUGUAUAUCAAUAUCUGGUGUGUCCACCAUUUUGGGCAAUGCAUGCUCGACACCUUGAUGGCAUACUGUUGAUUAAUGUACGUAUGGUUGCUCUGGGUAUUGCCCGCCAUUCAUUCUGAAGGGCUACCGCAAGCUGGGCCACGUUGGCGGGUGCUGGGUCCCUGGCGUACACACUCCGCCCGAACAGUCGAUUGUCGGUAUGCCUUGUUGUCGUAGGUAAUCAGUGACUAUCCGAGUGCGAUGUGGUCUGGCAUUGUCAUCUUGAAAUUCAACAUUUCUGCCAAUAUUUCUCGCCACUGGAACAACGACAGGACACAAACUGUGGUCCAGAUAUCUCUGGCCAGUCAAAUUUCCAUUAACAAUAAUCAAAUCUGUUCGCCUGUCAUGUGUGAUCCCUCCACACACCAUGGCAGUACCACCCCCAUACCGAUCAUGGUCUAGAAUUGUAGCCCGGGCAUAUCUCUCGCCGCUACGUCGCCAACAACGUUUUCUGCCAUCUGUGAAUCUGAGGCAGAACCUCGAUUCGUCUGUAAACAUGGUGUAACGCCAUUGUCACACAGCCCGUCCCUGGUGUUGCCUAGCCCACCGUAAUCGUUGCCGCCUAUGGUGAGCUGUUAGGGUCACACCCUUCAGAGGACGCCUCGCUUUCAGGCAGGCUUUGUAGAGUCUGUUCUUGACGGUCGAUGUUAAAAUUCGCCUUCCUGUUAUUGUACGGAAUUUACUGUUGAUAGCAGCAGCUGAUUUGAAUCUAUUGCGUAGAGCAAUUAAUGUUAUGGUACCAUUUUGUCGAGGUGUCGUCUUUUUAGGCCUGCCACGCCCAGGUCUCGUUGCAACCCCGCCAGUUUGACGGUACUUAUUCCACAAUCUAGAAAUUACACUUUUUGAUUUACCAAACAUUCGGGCAACUUGGCAUAUUGACGUACCUCCCUCUAUCGUACCGACAAUUCGCCAUUUCGUCUCUUCAUUAAGGUAUCGUUUUGGGGCCAUUUUCACGCAUGUGAUUACCUCACUUGCAUCGGUGUUUGUGAGUUCCACCAUAAACACAUACACGUGAUCUUCUGUGUGCACGUGCAUCACAUGCAGUUCAUGCAUGAUGUGAAAUUUCAUUUUGAUCAGAUGAAGCGUUCAGAUGCAACGCCACUGUAUUGUAACAGUGCAUGUCAACGAUAGUUACAUUCACAUUAGUCGUUCCCUUAUUUUUUGUCGGUAGUAUAUCUUCCAAAAAGUAAUUAUGUUUGAUUUUUUUUAUAUUUCAAAAAUUAAUUUCUUUAAUGAAUAAUAGUGCUGAGAAAAACAAAUUGCUUGACCUGACCUUGGAAAAUUUGAUUGUGACGGGUUGUUGAGAUUUCUGUUUCCGUGGUUUGUGUGUUGGCAUCUGAGAAUAAACUUUAUGAUGAGCACCUUGCCUAGUGGAUUUUAUCUGUAAUAUUCAGUUGGGUGUGAUAUAUUAAUUUAGAAUUAUUUUACGAGUGGCUAAGCUUGUUAUGUAUUUAUGCAUAUGUUUUAUUCCUGUAAUUUUUGAUAGGAUAGCAAUUACUUUGUUUAAUCAGUAUAUGAUCAUCAAUUUUCUCAUGGAAAAUGUUUGGGGUUUUUAGUUUUUAAAAAAUUGGAUGAUAUUGUUAAAUAUGAAAAUAACCCAUAAUAAUAUUUUUUAAAAUUAGUUAAUAUUUAAUAUGUGAGCUCAUAAUGCACUUAAAUCAUAAUAUUCAUUUAAAAACUAAAUCUCUGAUUUCUUACUGAAAAAUAUACAUUUAUAUUGUUGCUGAACUGAGAAAAGUUAGUAUCUGCAUCUUUUUAUGUUUUUCAGGAAACAAUAAAAAAUGUUUUGUUACAAGCUGAUUCAGUGUAAGAAAUGGCUCUUUAACAACUAUAACAUUAAAAACAAAGCCUUUAUUUUCCAUGUUAUAGUUCUUAAGAACCAUUUUUUACACUGAAUCAGCUUGUAACAAAACAGAUUUUGUCGUCUCCAGGUCCUAAAAACAUAAAACAUUUAAAUACCAGGUUUUGUUAGUUCAUCGACGAUGGAUAUAUAUAUAUAUAUAUAAUUUGUUUUCUUCUUUUUUCGGUCUUUAUAUAAAUCAGUUCCUGCAUCUAAUUUUGAAAUCCUGUCUUUAACUUGGAUGUGAAUGAAAUUUGUAUUCCCUUGUAUAUCAGCCAUUGAAAACGGAGAUUCCAUGUAUUUUUCUUCUUCUCUUUCAGUUCAGGUUUGUAAGCAAACAGUUCCAAUUUAUUCUAAUUAAAUGUGUAUAUUAAUGUAUUUAUAUAUUUUCCCAUUAUUGCUUUGAUUUUGGAACUAGGGUGAAAAUACAACUAUUUGGGUAACAGAAUUCUUGGUGUAACAUUUCAUUGGUAACUGUAACUCUAUGUAUUUACACAAAUACACAAAUACGUUUGUUCAGUAUUAACAUUUAUGCUGCUAUUUGCGGGGGUUUUACGUGUAGUUUUUAUUUCUCAACAAAAUAUAAAAACACACAUAAGUUGAUCAUUGCAUAAAGUUUAAUAUCUAUAAACUCAAGAAUUCAAAUAAUAAAAUUAUAAACAUUUUCAGUUCAAUAUAAGAGGUACAAUAAGAGGUACAACAUGCAAUUCUGCACAAUAUGAAACGGUUACAUUUAUAUAUAAAACCAAGUGAUAUAAAUAUUUCAGCUUUGAAAUAGGUCAAAAUAUGGUUUAUCCUACAUGCACUUCUGUUUACAUGGUAACACAUAAAUGUAUAUAACAGAUAUAUAACAGAAAUGAUAGCUUAAGUAGGAUGUCAAAGUACAGUAACCAUUUGUCAUUAAAGCCACGGCUGCACAGCUUUUGGGCUACUAAGGCAAAGUUGUAUGGAUUACAUGAUUUGAAAUAUAUACUGUAUGUACAUUUGCCUAAUGAUUGCUCCCAUAUGCUAUUUUUGGAAUAUGUUAAAUAACUAGCAUUAGUUAUAUGAACAAAGUUAUCUUGUUUGCCUUUUUUUUUCUUUUUGGUUUAUGGCUUGUGAUUUAUAGUUAUAUACCAAAAUACUGAUAACAAGAGACAUAUGAUGACUACAGGGUUCAACUUGCUGUUUGCCAAAGGGUUCAACUUGCUGUUUGCCAAAGGGGCAGGACGUAGCCCAGUGUUGGACCGUUAGUUAAUACUGAUAACAAGAGACAUAUGAUGACUACAGGGUUCAACUUGCUGUUUGCCAAAGGGGCAGGACGUAGUCCGGUGUUGGACCGUUAGUUAAUACUGAUAACACGAGACAUAUGAUGACUACAGGGUUUAACUUGCUGUUUGCCAAAGGGGAAGGACGUAGCCCAGUGUUGGACCAUUAGCCUGAUGCACUGUUGGUCUCGGAUCGAUCUCUAUUGGUGGGCUACUAUGUACUGGUAGCUUGGUGAGUAAAGUACUUUUGGGGACAGAUUAAAUACUUUCAUGCAACAUUUUCUUGAACCAUUUUGUAAGUCAACUGUUGCACAAUCCUGCCUUUAAGAUCAGGUGUUGGUGGUAAUGGGAACAUUAGUUGUACAGUAUUUACGUGUCAACCUGAGACACAUUGUGCUUUGUAUGUUGCUAGUCCAUUACACAACCGUGUAGGUGAAUCGGACUCAUAAUACAGUUGAAUCCUGUUGGCUCGAACCCCGUCAGUGCUCGAGAAAGUGCUUGACCUAUUGGGUAGUUCGACCUAACCGUUCAGUCAACAACAUAUAAGUAUUAACUCGGGACUUCAUUUUUGGUUCAAGAGUUGUGGUAUAUUUGACCCUUCGGAGUCCAACAAGAUUCUACUGUAUAUCGAAUCCACUUGAAAAAAAAUUAUACCACACAUUACAUCCAAAAAUAUACUCCAGCAUUGUUUGGGUUUUUUUUUUUUUAAACUAAACCUAACACUAACCUUAAUGAUCGAAUUUAACAAACUAUUGGGAUCCAGUAUUAUUAUAAUUGCAGCCCAGAACAUAAUCAUAAUUAUGGUUUAAAGUUGCACAUUUAAUGAUAGCUUCCAGUAGGACCUGCCCUAUGAGAAUAUCAAGUAACACACUGUACUUUACCAAAUUUGGCUUUUGGUUUGUUUCUCAUAUUAUCUGGACCAAUAUUUCGAAGUCUUCUUGGUGCUACGAAAUCGUAAACCCAUUGUAGGUUGUGGCGUCAUUACAGCACACGCCAUAGUAACGUCAGCUUACAGUGGUUUUAAGAUUUCGUAGGCUAAGAUUGCUUCGAAAAUAUGGGUCCUGGUUCAUAGCUGACUAGGUACUUAGUUCUUUUAGCUUGUAUCAUCAGUGAUUCAAUAUCCCUGUCAAUGUUUAAAUUUCAUUGUUUUUAUAUCAGGAAGCAAGAAGCAGAUUGUACAAUGAAGUCCUCGGUAUAAUUGGUAACAAUUCCUAUACCGGUUUAGGUGGAAAAAUAGUGGGUAAACCAUGAACAUUAAGAAUGGUAGGUGCUGGAUUCGCAUCCCAGCGUUGUUUCCAACCUGAGAUCGAGUUUUAACAAGCCACUGCACCAACAUAUCUUGUCAUUAACCACUGUAACCAUUGAACUCUGAUCUCGACAGACAGUUCAGAUAGCUGAGGUACUAUACCCAAGACUGUGUGCUUAAAUCUUAAUUAUAAGUAAAUUAAAGAAAUCAUUCCAGUGUUGGGUCUUCACAAUAUCACCUGCUGUUGGACAAUUAUCACUGAACAAUACAUGACUGGGUACAAACAAGAUUAUCCAAAGUGUAUGACCACUAUAAUUCUUACAUCAAGCCUGUUUCUCUAUUAACCUGUUCAUGGCGUUUUCUGCAAGCACCAUAUUGAAAACAUUUUGCACGAAGAUUUGAAUGCACAUUUGUAUUACAAGUUUAAGUAGUAAGGAGUGUGAAGGCAAGGUUUGUUCCUAAUGUGCUUGUUAUAUUCCACAUGUGCAUAAUUUGUUCAUGUUAUUUGAUUAUUAUAAAAUAAACUAUUUCCUUGGU